AUGUCUCUGUUCGGCGCGUCAGGCCGUGUGAGCGAGUGCUGCCCGCGCCUCGUGGAGCUGGUGGUCGGCGCCAACGGCAACUCCGUCAUCGACAAGCAGCUCCUGGACAUCGCUUCCAACUGCCAGCAGCUGUCGUCCCUCGGGCUGGCCGAGUGUCAGGUCACGUGCUCCGCGCUCGUGCACCUCGCCGAACGCUGCGGCGCGCGCCUCGCCCAGCUCGUCGUCAUGGAGGAGUGCCUCGUCGAGGACGCCGCCCACGACCUGGCCUCGGCGUGCGCCCGGGUGUCGGAGCUCCUGGGCCGGGACUGGAGCCCAGAGUUCAUGCCCAUGUGGUAG